GCCUGCAGGAAGUCAUGGCGGACACCCGCGGGAAACUUCUUCGGUAAUGGCGGACACCCGCGGGAAAACUUCUUUAAAACUCCGAAUUUCUUGCUCGGCGCUACUUUGAAGUUGGCGCCAACUUCUUGACUUUUGGACAGUCUUCAUCAUUUUGGACAGUCUUCAUCAUUUUAGGACAGUCUUCAUCAUGGAUCUUCUUCUCUAGCGGCUCCUUCUCCAAAACCACACCAGUCCGGACCGGACCUCCACCCCUUCCCUCCCGCCCACCACGCCGAACUUCCUUGCUCCAUGGCCGGCUGUGUGCGGGACGGCAGCUCGCUGUGGUUGCCGUGGAGACGGAGCCUCCUGCUGGCCGCGUGCGUGUGCGCGUGCGUGCUCGCGGCGCUCGGAGCCGAGGAGGACUCCUUCAAGGCGGAGACGUGGCUGAGGAUGUACGGCUACCUGCCGCAGGCCAGCAGGCAGAAGAUGUCCACCAUGCGCUCCACGCAGAUCUUGUCGGACGCCGUCAGCGACAUGCAGCGCUUCUACGGGCUGGAGGUGACGGGCCGCAUGGACCCUCACACCAUCAGCGCCAUGAAGAGACCCCGCUGCGGCGUGCCCGACAAGUUUGGGGGCCAGAUCAAAACCAACGUGCGGCGGCGGAAGCGCUACGCCCUGACCGGACACAAGUGGAACAAGAGCCGCCUCACGUUCAGCAUCCAGAACUACACGCCCAAGAUCGGCGAGUACAACUCCUUCGCCGCCAUCCGGCAGGCCUUCAAGGUCUGGGAGGGCGUCACCCCCUUGACCUUCGACGAGAUCCCCUACCAGGAGAUCAAAUAUGGACGCCGCAAGGAGCCCGACAUCAUGCUCUUCUUCGCCUCCGGUUUCCAUGGAGACAGCUCCCCCUUCGACGGGGAGGGGGGCUUCCUGGCCCACGCAUACUUCCCCGGACCCGGGAUGGGCGGGGACACCCACUUUGACUCCGACGAGCCCUGGACCAUCGGAAACCAAAACGUACAAGGCAACGACCUCUUCCUGGUUGCCAUCCAUGAGCUGGGCCACGCCUUAGGUCUGGAACAUUCCCACAACCCUCUGGCCAUCAUGGCGCCCUUCUACCAGUGGAUGGAGACUCAGGACUUCCAGUUACCUGACGACGACCGCAGAGGCAUUCAGCAGAUCUAUGGUACAACUGACAGCAGGCCCACACAGGCCCUGCCCACUGUGACCCCGCGUCACCCAGAGCCCAGACCACCUCCCAGUCCUCCUCGUCAGCCGGAGCGACCAAGGACCACAGACAGACCAGACCACUACGGACCUGACAUCUGUGAAGGCAACUUUGACACGGUGGCCAUGCUGAGGGGAGAGAUGUUUGUCUUCAAGGGCCGCUGGUUCUGGAGGGUGCGCAGGAACCGGGUCCUGGACAACUACCCAAUGCCCAUCGGUCACUUCUGGAGAGGACUGCCCGGAGACAUCGACGCCGCCUACGAGAGACACGACGGAAGGUUCGUCUUCUUCAAAGCUCACAGGUUCUGGCUCUUCCGGGAAGCCAACCUGGAACCAGGUUACCCUCUGGAACUAAUCGAUUACGGACGCGACAUUCCUUACGACCGCAUAGACGCCGCCAUCUGGUGGGAACCCUCGGGAUACACCUACUUAUUCCAAGGAGACAGGUACUGGCGCUUCGACGAGCAGUCGCGCUCGGCCGACAGAGGCUACCCCAAAGCCAUCAGUGUUUGGGGCUCGGCUGUGCCCGCCGCCCCCAAGGGCGCCUUCCUCAGCGACGAUGGCGCCUACACCUUCUUCUACAAGGGUUCCAAGUACUGGAAGUUUGACAACCACCGCAUGAAGAGUGAGCCGGGCUACCCCAAGUCCAUCCUGCGGGACUUCAUGGGCUGCAGCGUGGACCUGGACCCAGACACCGACACCGACUCCGACACCGCCGACAAGAACCCCGACGUCAACCGGCCGCCCUUCAACCCAGACGCCGGGCGCGACGACGACAAAGACGGGACGGACGGCGGCGUGGACUCGGAUGGCGACAAAGACCAGGAUGAGUCGGAGACUGUAGAGGAGGACACUAACGAGGUGGACGUGGUGCUGAAGGUGGACGACAGCCAGGAGAGGACCAUGAACAUCCUGAUGGUGUCCAUCCCGCUGGUCCUGGUGCUGUGCAUCCUGGGCCUGGUCUACGCCAUCAUCAACACGCUGCAGAGCAAGGGGGCGCCCCGGCUGCUGGUGCACUGCAAGCGCUCGCUGCAGGACUGGGUCUAGGACUGGGUCCAGGACUGGGUCUAGGACUGGAUCCAGGAUUGGAACUAGGACUGUGUCCAAGACUGGGUCUAGGACUGGGUCUAAGACUGGGUCUAGGACUGGGUCCAGGACUGGGUCUAGGACUGGAUCCAGGAUUGGGGAUAGGACUGGGUCCAAGACUGGACCUAGGAUUGGGAUUAAGACUUGGUAUAAGACUGGGCCUAAGGCUGGGUCCAAGUUUGGGCCUAGGACUGGGUCUAAGACUGGGUGUAGGACUAGGUCCAAGACUGGCCAAGACUGGGUCUAGGACUGGGUCCAGGACUGGGUCUAAGACUGGGUCCAGGACUAGGUUUAGGACUAGGCCUAGGACUGGAUCCAGUAUUGGGUCUAGGACUGGGUCUAAGACUGGGGCUAGGACUGGGCCUAGGACUGGGUCCAGGACUGCGACCAGGACUGGGUCUAGGACUGGGUCCAGGACUGCGACCAGGACUGGGUUCUAGGACUUGAUCCAGGAUUGGGUCUAGGACUGGGUCCUGGACUGGGUCUAAGACUGGAUCCAGGAUUGGGGCUAGGACUGGGUCCAAGACUGGGUCUAGGAUUGGGAUUAAGAAUGGGUCUAAGACUGGGCCUAAAACUGGGUCCAAGCCUGAGCCUAAGACUGGGGCUAAGACUGGGUCCAAGACUGUGUCUUGGACUAGGUCUUAGACUGGGUCCUGGACUAGGUCUUGGACUGAGUCCAAGACUGGACCAAGGACUAGGUCCAAGACUGGACCAAGGACUAGGCCUAAAACUGGGCCUAAGACUGGGUCUAGGACUGGGUCAAGGACUGUGUCCAGGACUGAGUCUAGGACCUGGACCAGGACUGGGUCUAGGACUGGGCCUAGGACUGGGUCCAGGACUGGGUUCUAGGACUUGAUCCAGGAUUGGGUCUAGGACUGGGUCCUGGACUGGGUCUAGGACUGUAUCCAGGAUUGGGCUAGGACUGGGUCCAAGACUGGGUCUAGGAUUGGGAUUAAGAAUGGGUCUAAGACUGGGCCUAAAACUGGGUCCAAGACGGAGCCUAAGACUGGGGCUAAGACUGGGUCCAAGACUGGGUCUUGGACUAGGUCUUAGACUGGGUCUUGGACUAGGCCUUGGACUGGGUCCAAAGCUGAGUCCAAGACUGGACCAAGGACUAGGUCCAAGACUGGACCAAGGACUAGGCCUAAGACUGGGCCUUGGACUGGGCCUAGGACUAAAACUAAGACUGGGUCUAGAACUGAGUCUAAACCCCGUCUGGAAGACCCCCAAAGACCCCCCCACCCCACUGGAGUUAUUUAAACCCACUUUGCACAUUCUCUUCUCCACUUUGUUGAUUCAUAAACAGGAAGUCGGUGCUCCUCCUUCCUGCUCAGCUGACGUCGUCAUGGAAACAGUCAUGUGACCGCCUCACCUUCUUGCGAGAACAACAAGUUGUUGCAAUAAAAGUUCAGCUGGUCUUCUUUCUUCAAAACUUCCAACCAUGGAUCUGAGGAGGACUUGACAAACAGGAAGUGCGACGUAGCGGUUCACGUAGUGGUUCACGUA